GCGCAAACAGGUGUAUGCGAACAGGUAACGCUGCACCUUCCCUUUUUUUGUUUUUCUCCUGAAGGAGCGAACAGUAUGGCGUUUGCCUGACAAAUCAACACGUUCAAACAAAACUGAAAGGAUUUACAUUUAUUUAUUUUUUAUUUUUAUUUUAUUUAACAACUGGCUGCAAGAAAACCCUGAAGACUGGACUUUGGAGAUCCUGGAAAACCUCCUCACUCACCCAGGCAUGACUCUGCCUCUGUGCCUCAUGCAUGUGUGUCUGGACUGAUUACUGCCCCAACCUGUGCUCCAAUAACAGUAACCUCUGGAGAGGAUGACAUCUCUGCUCAACACACUCUCCCUGUGUCUCCUUGUCCUGUGGAUCUUUGUGAUCCGGGGAGAGUUGGUGGAGCCCCCUCCAGGAGUCCUCAUACGCUCCUUGACAGAGACGGAGACUGUCCUGCCUUGUCGCCACCAGCCCAGUGAGGGCAGCGUGGUGGUGGUGCAGGUGACGUGGUACCGGGAGAAUCCUGACGCCUCCAAGGAACAGAUCGUCACUGCGCACCACUUGAAUGGACAGACCGCGUUUGGGGCGUGGUCUUCACGUGUACGCUUCAAGAGCAGUGAGCCCACAUUGGACUCGGCUCUGGUUAUUAUGAGCACAGAGGUCUCGGAUGAGGGGAAGUUCGUCUGUCACAUCAGCACCUUCCCAUCUGGGAACUUCGACAGUGAGGUUUCCCUCAUCGUAUGGACCAUUCCUAUCUCCUCCCUGGACCCUGUGAUUCUGGUGGAGGGCCAGUCCUACCGCCAGGCCGCUUCCUGUCGCUCCAUAGCCCGCCCACAGCCCCGCCUCUCCUGGGACACCGAACUGAACGGCCAGUCCACGAACCGCUCCUCGGACAGCGGGGCGGUCUCCUCGCACUUCUCCCUGCACCCACUGAGGAGCAUGAACGGCCAGAAGCUGGACUGCCUCGUGUGGCAUCCGACGUCACCAAACCCCCGCAGACUCAGCAACCACCUGGUGGUGCACUUCCCUCCACACGCGGAGGUGUCCGGCUACAACAGGGACUGGUACGAGGGUCUGGAGAACGCUGCUCUGAGAUGUGUGAGUGGAGGAAACCCCAAACCACAGAGUUUCACCUGGAUCAGAAUAGGUGGAGAGUUGCCCAGAGGUGUGAUCCCUCACCCUAACGGAACACUCGCUUUUGGGCGACCUUUAAGCCUGUCUGACGAAGGCACCUACCAGUGUGUGGCAAAGAAUGAAGUAGGGGUAGGGAAGGCAGAGGUGGAGAUCGCCGUGGCAGUCGCCGAUGGGCGGUUCUUGCCUGAGAACAUGUUGAUGCUCAUCGUGGGGGGUGUGGCCAGCGGGCUGCUGGUCUUGAUGCUCAUCAUCGUCAUCACAGUCACGUGCCACCACAGACGCAGGAACACCAAGCUGGAGAGGCAGCUGACUGAGAAGAAGGAGGAAAUAUGCACUCUAUCCCGACAAGCUUCUUUCAGGAGAAUGAACUCUGUCAGCACAGAUACCAGAGGAGCGACGGAGGAGAACAUCCCUCUGAGGGUGGAGGGAACCCUGAGGACCAGCCUGUCGUCCCUCGGGGAGCAGACGUACUGCCGGGACAGCCGAUCUACUAUCUCAGGUGGACGAGGAGGAGGGGGAGCAUUUGACUACAUGGGCAGACCGGUCCUGCACAACAACACGCGCAGGGGACAGAGAGACAGGCCUCUGGAUAGAGAUGAGGAGAACAGACUCCGAGUGGAGACAUAUGUGAGAAAUAGCUCGAUAUCUUUGCAGGAAACUCGUUUCCACCCCCCUCUCACAGCCACGGCCUUCCCGAUGGUCCAGUCCACUGAGAUUGUGAGACAGCUCAAUGGCGGUGCCAUGAUCCCGUCGGAAAGCAGUUCACGGCCAGAGAGUGUCACCAAAACCCACCAGCACCCUCCACUGAGCUGCAACUACCCACCAGUGACAGAUGAUGAGGAUGAAGUGGAUGAAGGUUUGGGGGGUCCUGCCAGCCAGGAGCAUCCCGAUGACCAUGACAGCGAGACCAACAGCUCCCAGGUGUCUGAGGCUCACAGCGCCCGCUAUCAGCACACUAAUGGCACAUUAAGGCCCAAACCCAGACCAAGCCCCACUCUGAUGAGUCCCCAUGCCUCCCUCAUCCAUAAGGCUCAGAUAGUAUAGCCGGGGCCACUGGACAAAAACAUGCACAACAACAGAACUGACAGGCUGUUGGUCUGGAGGUGGUCGCAAUGUGGAUACACAAGAAAAACAUUUUGUGGUCAGUUUUAUGAAAAAGCUGCACCUUGACUACAACGGUACAUCUCCUUUAUUGUGAGAAACGGUGCAAUAGAACCAAAUCCUGAAAAGAAGGCUCUUCUCCAAAGCAUCUGAUGUUUGACUCUGGAUUUGUGACAUCUGCAGGAUCCACUGCGACAUACAUUCCCCAAGAUUACUGACACAAAGACCAAGGUCACAAUAUUUCCAGUUAAAUGGAUUGCAUUUAUAUAACCGUAUUGGCUUCUUCAUAGCUUUACAAGUCGCAUUCACCCAUUGCCAUAAAGUGCCUGUGCUACACUGGUUUCAGUAUCUUGCCCAAAGACAUUCUCUCACGUGGAAAGGAAAGAGCCAGGGAUUGAACUGCCAAACUUUUGAUUAUCGGAUGCCCUUAAUCCUGAGCCACAGCUGUUUCUGCAGCCAGCUCUGACGAACAGAUGGAUGGAGUAGGAUGUCAAAAACACUAAAAGACAGUGGGAAAUCAGGAAAUGCAGGAGAAGGCUGUGCUUACGUUGGUACAUCAGAAAAGUACAUUGCAACACCUCUGGAUACUGAGGGUGUUAGUUUACAAUAUCUGUACCUGUUAACUUCCCUUACACAACAUGGUUUGGGCUCUGAUCCAAAACAGGGCAAUCACGCUCUUGCCACACCUGCAACAUGCGCACCUGUGCCAUAUUGUUUGACUGUCCUC